AUGCGCAAGGCUCUCGCUAUCUUCAGCCGGGACAAGAAGGAGAAAGGGAAGGAGGCGGAGAAGAAGGACGAAGAGCCACAGCAGCCUGAGGAAGCCGCGGAGCAGCCUGGCAGUGAGGCGAAACCGGAGCAUCGGAUUAGGGACUACCUCGAGGGCGAGCUCGUCAGAGGCAAGCGCCAAGUACAGCAGAUGCUGGGUCUCGGGCAGAAGCCAAACGUUGUCCCUCCUGGGGAGCCGAAUAUCAAGUGUGAGCCGCGGACGGUCCACAUUGGCUGGCACCCGGUCGCAGGCUUCGCGGGCAAGUGGUUCGCGGAGAAGACGGGCCUCGGGAAGCUGAUCACGGAGAAGACGAACAAGUACCCGGACCCGACGCAGCACUGGGCCAUCAUUGUCGGGGACUACUGCCACCAGCUCUGGAUGGACGAGCACCUCGACGUCAUUUACAACAACGACAAGGUCACCGACCUCGCUGAGUGGCACACCUUCGAGAUCGGGCACACGCGCUUCAACGACCAGGCGCUGCGCCAGGCGGGCGACAUGGCCAUCUUCCACAUGCGCUCCAAGCAGGCCGCGUACAACCUCAUCACAAAUAACUGCCAGGUCUUCGCAUUGAAGCUGCUUGAUGCCAUACAAAUCGGCAAGCACCGCGAGUUCGCGACGAGUUUUGCAGUAUACAAGGCUGCUAUUGGCCCUGGAACUAUAUCGGAACUGUUCGCCAUUCAGGCCGACGAGCUGCCUCCCCAGGAACAGGAGCAAGAGGCGGAGCGGCCGCCCGGCCGUGUCAUGGAGAAUGCGCAGCAGGUUAUGGACGAGAAUACUACUCAGCUUGACCACCAUAGCACUUCAUGA